GUUUGGGCGCUUUAUGUCUAUCUUAUACGUCACUUUAGAUGCUAUGCUAGCACUAUGUUAAGCUAUCUUAAUUUUCAAUACCAUACACAAUGUCGUACACCUUCUCCUUUCCCUUCGCCGUCACCCUUCGCUCAACCCCUCUCCCUCACCCCCCCACCCACGCCUUAACCCCUCCCUCCUCCUCUCCUUUCCCCCCUCUCCCCCUCUCCCCCUCUCCACCUCCCUCAACCUCCACAACUCCCCUCAACAAUCUCCCCACCCCUAACCGUCCUCCCCACAAUCUCCUCAACAUCACACGCCGUAACCCGUCCAUAACAGACACCCCUCUUUGGCUGUCUGGUUGGUAACACUGUCAUAUUUUUGCCUAUCCAGUUAGCUAAUGGGUAUAUAUCAACUCCAACCGGAGC